CCAAGAACCUACUCAAGGUGCACCGUAACUCUUAUGCACUAGUAGUGAGCACAGAAAACAUCACCCAGAAUUGCUACAUGGGCAAUGAUCCUCAAAAGCUCAUAUUCAACUGCACAUUUCGCAUGGGCGGCGCCGCUGUCCUCCUCUCCAACCGGCCCUUUGACCGCCGCUCCUCCAAGUACCAACUCAUCCACACCAUCCAUAACAAUACAGCAGGCUCUGAUCGCUCAUACAACUGCAUCAUCGAAGAAGAGGACCACGAGGACCACGUGGGUUUCACGUGCACCAAAGACCUCCUGGUCGUGGCAACCAACACCAUUAUAUCCAACCUCACCGCAACGGGCCCCCUAAUCCUUCCCGCAUCGGAACAGCUCCUCUGUCUCGCAAAUCAUCUAAUCAGGUGUUUCCACGUGGCAAACAUCUUGCCGUACGUGCCAAAAUUCCAGCAUGCGGUGGAUCAUUUUUUCCCUCACGUGGGUGGAAAACCGGUGCUGGACGAAGUGGAGAGAAACUUGAGAGUAAGUGGAAAACAAAUGGAAGCUUCUAGAAUGACACUGUACAGAUUUGGGAAUUUAUCCGGUAGUUCAGUGUGGUAUGAACUCUCCUAUGCUGAGGCCAAGGCUAGGGUCAAAAAGGGUGAUCGCGUGUGGCAGAUUGCAUAUGGGUCUGCUGGGUUCAAGUGCAGUAGUGUGAUCUGGAAGGCGAUGAGGACCGUUGAUCGUGAGGAAAAGAUGAAUCCUUGGAGGGAUGUGAUUGAUCAGUUUCCAGUCGUUGACCCACAGAGCGCAGGAACAUUUCCCUUCUAUUUUGAGCCAUCCAAAUGAACAAAAUGGCGA